AUGCUCCUCCCCGCAUCAGAGGCCAAUCUUCUGCAGAUGGAGCGGGAAGCGUCGCUCAACAGGGCGGGGCGCAUGAACCCGCCAUGCGGCGAUGAAUGGCGCGACACCCACACACCACACUUCACAUCUUUACGCAGAUCAUCCUUAUGGAGGCCAGCGCCGUCCUCCAUGGAACCACGCUGUGAGGCGCACCAUUUCCCGUCGCCGGAGCAGUUUGGCGAAACUAAUGACGCUGUGCAAGCUCCACGCAUUGCAGGAUUUACGCCUUUUCUUCACUUUUUGCCGGUGGGGGUGGUCAUGCGUUGCGUGCGUGCGCUACAACGACUGCCUGACGCAGUGAAAGUGGUGGUGUGGUUUACGAUGGGCAGCGCAAGGCGUGUUGUGGAGGGUUCCACUCGGCUCGGGCAUCACCUUCAUCCCGUUCAGCAGGCGAAGCUGAGCCUUGUAUUUGCCGUGGGCGCAACAGUACGCUGCUGCCGAGGCGCUCUCCAGGUUGCUUUGUUUCAGUUGCACCUGAGCGUUGCUGGCUUGUGGCGCGCCGUGGCUGCAAGUGAGCUGGCAGGUGCACAUGCCAUGACUGCCGCUGGAACCGCCGUUUUGGACGCUCUGGACGAGGCUGUUGGAUGA